AUGGCGGCAACCCCACUGGCCGCUUACGAUAACAGCUACCCAGAACAAGAACCGGAAAUAGACAGCGAACAAGACGCUGAAGGGGACGAAGACCCUGAGUUUUAUGAUGCGACUGCGCACGUUGGGCUAGUCACGACGUACGAAGACUCGACUGUGAAGGUUGAUGGAGCAUACCAUGGGGAAGUGGAAGUUCUCGAAGGGGGCGCUGUGGACGAAAAUGAUAUCAGCCAUGAGAAAGAACCCAACCUCAUAGACAGUGGAGAUGAACCUAAGGAGAAGACAGAUCAGGAUGCCGCAGUUCUGGAAAGUGCUAGCGAGGAUGGCAAGUCUGCGAGUGACGCAGAUGAACUGGAUGCGGAAUUCGAAGAGCUUUCAAAUGAUAGCAACGCAGUUGUCAGCGAAGUAUCCUCUGAAUCUGACUCUGAAGCUGAAGAGGAUUGGGAAGCUGAAAGCAACGAGCAAGAGGAUGCCGAUACAGAGCUCCCUGUUGAUAAUAAUUGCUUUGUUUGUAAAGAAGAUGAAGAACAUGAUCCAAGUGAAGUCUUCGAAGAGCCAUUAAUAUGCGACACAUGUGGUGUUCAUUGCCAUAGGGAAUGCGGCCGCGAGGAAGGCCUAUUUAACGAUGAUGAUGAUGCCAGUAAAUGGAAGUGUUCGUUAUGUAAAUUUCAGAACUCCCAACCAGACAUAAGGAACUCCUCCACUGCCCGACAAAAAUCUACCGUCUCUAGUGUUACAAAAGAUCUGCUCCCUGCGGACAAUGAUACCCAGAAUCCAAAUUCUCACUCCGUAUUUAAAUCCUUAAUCAUCGACGACGAUCCACUGGAUGGCUCCCGCUCUUUGCGAAAAAGGAAAUCAUCAUCCUAUGAGGCUGAAAAUAGGCGCCCGACCACACGGAAACGACGGAAAGUCACUCCUCCUCCGCACGGACAAGUCUUGCCGACAACAAGGGCCAGCGGGAGUCGUUCGCGUGCCGCGAGCCAGAAUCAAUUUGCUGAAAAUGAUGAUGCAACCGUGCACGAAAACCGGGCAUCUCGUCAGAGGAGAACUCGAAAUACACAAAAACAUUACUGUACUGUUGUGCAGAAACAGGAAGGACGCUUAAUACUCUCAUUCAACCUUGACCAGGAAAAGCUUCAAAAGAUACUGAACAGCAAACCAAGGCCAAGGAGCCAACGGCGAAGACCAUUGCCUAAACCUUCAACUAUACCCGAGCCUACCCCUGUAUCACAUUUUGCACCAACGAACCCAACUCCAUAUGCUGCCCCUUUCUACUCCUUCCACGACCGAGAGAAUGAUGAGCUCAAGUCAAAACCUUAUGGCGGAAUUUUGUCACAGGCCGAAGCAGACACAUCACGAACAGUACCACUGUCAACAGAUAGGGAUAAGUUUGAAGCAGCCCGCCAAAAGGCGGAAGAAGAAUGGCGAAAGAAGAUGAUAGCAAGCGAGGAAGAUUCGGAUAAUGCGCUCUUAUCCUCCCAAAAGCUGUCAGGCCCACCAAGCAAAAUCAAGUACAUCAAUUUCGGUGGCUUUGAGAUUGAGACGUGGUAUGCAGCUCCAUAUCCCGAGGAAUACAGUCGCAAUCGGGUUUUAUACAUUUGCGAAUUCUGCCUUAAGUAUAUGAACUCCGAUUUCGUUGCAUGGCGACACAAGCUCAAGUGCCCUGCAAAACAUCCUCCGGGCGAUGAGAUAUAUCGUGAAGGCUCUGUUUCUAUCUUUGAGGUGGAUGGCCGGAAGAAUCCUGUCUAUUGUCAAAAUCUUUGUUUACUGGCGAAGCUCUUCCUAGGAUCAAAAACACUUUACUACGACGUCGAGCCUUUCUUAUUCUACGUUAUGACAGAAUACGAUGAAUGGGGCUGCCAUUUUGUUGGAUACUUUAGCAAGGAGAAGAGACCCAGCUCUUCGAACAACGUCUCCUGUAUUCUAACGCUGCCCAUCCAUCAGAGAAAGGGUUACGGGAAUCUCCUGAUUGAUUUUUCUUACCUUCUUACUCGGCUAGAAGGAAGGACAGGCUCUCCAGAAAAACCAUUAUCUGAUAUGGGCCUGGUUUCCUACCGCAACUACUGGCGUCUUGUUCUAUGUUACAAAUUUCGGGAUAAGAAAUCACCGACGAGUAUUACAGCGAUAUCUGAACAGACCGGUAUGACCCCCGAUGAUGUUAUCUCUGCCUUGGAAGGUCUAAGUGCACUCGUUCGCGAUCCUGUUACCAAGACCUAUGCACUACGCCUGGACUACGACUUUUUUGAAAAGUAUAUUGAGUCUUGGGAGAAAAAGGGCUACGUCAGGUUGAACCCAAAUUCUCUAGUAUGGACGCCGUACAUAAUGGGCCGAAGCAACAAGUCCCACUAUGACCAUGCUCCUAUUCAUACUGUCGCUCCUCGCGAAGAAAUUGAUGCCGAUGGGCCAAAUGCUUCAGCUAAUCAUGUGUCCAACAACUCAUACGGCCUCGGUAUUAACGCAAGUGACGCUGAUACGACAAAUAGUGUCGCUGGAAGCGGUGUUGAUAUUUCCAAUGCCAAUGGACAGGCCUUCUCUGAAGCUUCGCCUUCACUGUUUGAUGCUCCAGGGCCACCUUCAACCAGCGCGUUAUCAUUUGCUGAUGUCAUGGCUAAACAAGCUCCUAGUACCAAUGGCCGUCAAUCAUCGUCUACUCCUUCAAACCCUGCGUUCGGCAUUCCUGCGACGAGGUUUGAGAUUUUUCCUCCGCCUCAAGGGACUAGCACCAAUACCCCUACUGUUAAGCGUCGACCUGGCCGGCCGUUUGGGACUCGGAAGAAGGUUCGCUCCACCGCUCAAUCUCCAGCCAGAACGAGCGGACAGAAUACGCCCAAAAAGAGCAAGCCAUUGCGAUUAGGGACACCCUCCACUGCAACUAGGCCCCUACGCUUCAGUGUUCGCCGGGCAAGGAGUAGCAUGUUAGGCGACAAUCUGGAUAUAAAGCAUGACACUGAUGUUGAAAGCCCUGGUGGGACCAACCGAUUUGACUAUUCUAACUCAUUUCCUGCAACGGCCAACGGUCCCACCGAUCAACCCGAAGUUAACUGUUCCCCCGACGAUGUGAAAAACGACGAGGAGACUUAUAACAAUAAAAUUCCAGAAUCGAUGGAAAUUGACCGGCAGUUGCUCAAUGGUAUAGAAGACCACACUCGCAGCCACCAGCCGAGACCGGCCGAUGAUGCGAAUAACAAAGAUACUGAGCUAACAAAUGGUUUAACGAUCCCGAUUGAUGAUACCUCUCAACCUGUCGCUGCUCACCUGGACAACCCCGGCGCGAACGGAAACCCCGAUACUACUCCGGAAAAAAAGAUCCCACUGCAAUGCUAA